AUGCAAGAUGAUGCGGUGCUACUCGAGUCGGCAGCGUCUGCGUCCGCGAACUUCGACGCCUUCGCGUGGGUAGAGGAGGCGCUAGCCUCCCGCUCGGGGGACGCGUCGGCCUUGGCGCCGCUGGUGCCACAGCUGGCUUUGCGCUCGCAAACGCUGGCUCAGACGCUGCAUGCGUCAUUGCAGCACGUUUCGCUGUCGGCUCCCGCGUUGCAGACGCGUCUCCAAGGGCUGCAACAGGCCUCCACACCGCUGGCACGACGGCUGGAUGCUGUGCAGGAAGCCUGCGCCUCAGGCUCCGUGUCCACCUCGUCCUCGGCUGCCUCAGGGAAGGAUCUGCGUCAUCUAGUUACGCUGCACGAGGCCAAGCGCCGAUUACAGAGCUGCUCACAGGCGCUAGUGGAGGCUGCGAGAUGGGGACGUAACGUGCGCGCCUGCUUCGCGGCUGUGGAAGACCCAACGCUGCUGUCUCAUGCGCUCAAGGGCGACAACGCCAAGCUCAGUGUCCGUACAGCAGACAGCGACAUAGCCGACAACCUGGCCGACCGCGUGCGUGAGAUGAAGGCGAGUCUGGACGUGCUCAAGGACCUGCCUGGUGCCUGGGACCGCAAACAAACGAUGGAGAGACUCUGCGCGCAGAUUGAAGCAGCAAUGCAGCCACGACUCGCCACGAAGCUUCGAGAGGACGAUCUAGGCGACGUGGCGCCGCUGCGCUGGUGUCUUGAUGUGCUCAGCAGCGUGGACAGAGCUCAUCUCGUGAGAGAAGAGUACUGCAGAGCGAGACCUGCACAUGUGCACCGUGUGUGGUACACCUACAGCGACGAGAUGCAGACCGAGGUGGACGAGAAGGACGAGAAGGAAAAACUCUUUGCCAGUUGGCUGGGAAACUUCUAUGGAGACGUCCUGCGGAUGCUACAGCGUGAGAGUCGCAACACUAGGGAGCUUUUCGGCACCGAUAUGCUGAUUAACGUGCUGCUCGAGCUGCUCCACAAUACGCUGGAGCCACUCACCAAGUCCUUCCGCGACCGCCUUGUGCACAGCGGGCCUUCUGGCACGAAUUUCCGUCUUGGACGGCUACUGCUCUGCUUCCACGCGACGCGAGCAUUUGCUGGUCAGUUAGUGCAGUUGUUCCGAUCACUGGAAGGAGAAUAUGACGUGAAGUUGGCUGGAAAUGACGACACAGCUUCGAGCGCUGGAGAAAUUCUAAGUGUUGUCUUCGAGCCGUAUCGACUGUACUUCACAGAGUACGCUCGUUUCACAAGUGAGGCCCUUACAGAUGCAUUGCUGCGUCUUGUGCCAGCUUUCAACGCGAAAACUAACUCACAAGAACUCACUGGAGACGAGUAUGAAGAAGAACGGGGUGCAGCAGACACUGCACCACUUGAGGACUUCUCUCAGUGUCUUGAGGAAGCUUCGGAGGCAGCCUGGACGCUUGUGGAUGAGAGUUUGCAGCAGUGCUACGAGUUUUCUGGUGGUUCUGCGUUCCCGGAAGCGGUGGAAGCAAUUGGUAUGGCUGUGCAGCAGUUUACAUUGACUUUAAGCGCGACAAUCCCUGCCAUCCGCAAAUACUGCAAAGCUGAGCCUGCAGCACAACUGGAAGGUAGUACCAGUGGAUCGCUAGUUGCUUCUCCUGAUUGGAGUCAGUUCCACGCAUCGUUAGCUCUACUGAAGGCCUGCGGGACUAUGGAAAGCCAACUGUGUGCACUUGACGGUCGGGUGCGCGUUCGGAUGCGUGAGCAACUUGCUCAGUUCUUCGGCGAAACAGCAGGAUCCUUGUCGCCGCGCAGUCGUCGUAAGAAGAGCCACGAGGUUACAAGUAUCGCGCUAGCUGACCUUGUAGAUCCGACCAAACUUGUGGCAGCAGUGUCAAAGGCCUGGCUUCACGAUGAGGAUCCCACUCGACAAUCGCAAUUCCAUCAGUUCGAGAUGGAACUACUGGACCAGUCGACAGGAUCACCAGGCUUUGAUAGCUCUUCAUCUCGGUAUCCAUCUGCAACGGUGCUGGACGAAGCUCAGCGUGCCGUGCGUUCAUGGACGAAGGACGUGCAGCUCCUCACGUACGACACUGUUUUCUUACCUAUUGCACGGGUACUAGAGACGCUGCCCGCCAACGAGAAUUGGCGCAAAGUGCCGGAUGCGGCUCUGGGAGAUCUACCAACCUUCAGUAUGCUGCCGCAAGACUACAUUACAAUGGUGGCUGACCUUCUACUGUCGCUGCUUCCUCAGCUCGAGCCUUUUGCAGAGAGUAGCAGUCUUGAGAACGCCUUUGUGGCCUCACGUGGCGCCCAGGAAGUGUGCGUUCAGAGCGAAUGGGCUCGACUUGGUCAGCUCUUACACUUGGAACCCUCGGAGCUCGCGACGUGUCAGCGGAUUUUCGGCUCGGAUGGCAAAUCUGCUGCCACUGAACCAGCACCGACAGCGACGGAGUUCGUCGACUUGUGGACUGCGGCGGUGGCUAGCGGUACUCUGGCAGCAUUCCUACGUACGAUGUGCUCCAUCUCGAUGCUGUCAGACAUGGGGGCUCAGCAGUUGGCUGCAGAUCUGGGCUACUUCCACAAUGUGUUGAGCGCCGUGGGCGGGGAGGGCAAUUUUAUCGUUGAUGACCUGCGUCGUGCGCUGGAAAUGGACCUGCCUGCACAUAUCCAGCACGUCGACGAGUUGCGAGCUGACCGGGACAGUCCAGAGAACCAAGCACUCGUUAAAAUUAACGACUGCGUGGCCGCCAUGCGCCAACGAGCGCUGGAACCACCACGUCGAUUGUCUACAACUAGCGCUGGCUCAGCAGCAUCGUCAGCCCAGUUUAACUAG